UUGCUGAGUUGAUCUGAACUUUUUAAGCAGUCGCGUUUGCUAUGCCGCCCAAAAAGAGUGCAAAGAAAACUGCAGAGAAACCGAGCAAGAAGGAAAACGCGGAACAUGGAGAGAAAUCAGAGGACGGUUUAUCUGAAGGUGGUAAAGAAUUCUACCGGGCUCAAAUACGGGACCUGGAAGAGCGACUAGAGAAGUAUCAGCAUAAAUGUGAUGAGCUAGAGAUUCGGGAGAAGGAUUUUUCUGCAACCUUCAAAAAUGUGGAGAGAGAAAAAAAUGACAUAGUGCGCUACCUGAAGCGCUCUUUGGCCCAAAAAGAGGAUGAACUCACAGAUCUUUCAGAGAAGCUCCAGGAACUACAAAAUGCCAAAGAUGAGGAAAAGAAGGAGUAUGAAUUGCAGCUGAGUAUGCUUCGUCAUGAGUUUCAGAAGACCAAGGACAAGCUAACGUCUGAAAACAUGGCCCUUGCUGGAAAACUUGCAUCUCUAGAGGAUUUCCGAAUGCAGAAGGAUGAGCUCAUGGCACUGCUGGCAUCUCUGAAAGAACAACUGGAGCAACAGGAGCAGGAGCACCAGAUAGUUAUCUACAACUUGGAGAAAAAAGCUGUACUGGACAAUGACAGACUAAAGAAAGAGAUGCAGCAGCAUGUAACUGCUGUGGCUGCUGAAUUUCGCAAACUCUCGGAUAAAAAGAUGCCUGAGACAAUGAUGAGGGCCAUCCAGGAGAAUGUGGCAGUGACUGCACAGCUCAGGCAGUUCUCAGAUAAGACCAAAGUGUUGCUAGAGGAGAACAGUUCUUUAAAGACCAGAGAACAGCAACUCAAAAGGGAAAUGGAGAUCAUGGAGCCUAUGCUAAAUGAGAUGACACGAAAGAAUCUUGGAAAUCAAAAGAUGUGUAGAUGUGUUCCUUUUCUUUCCUGGAAGGUGGUGCAACAACUGACAGAGAAGUGCAAGCAAAUGCACACCGAGCUUCAGAACUAUGUCAAAUUUAAAGAAGAAUCCCAACAGCUGUUGAAUAAUCACACUACAUUACAGAAGGAACACGAUGACCUUAGAUUAAAACAUGAAUCAGUCAAGGAAGAUCUUAAUCAAAAACAAGCUCAGGCUGAAAGACUAAAAGAGGAGCUUCUACAGGAGAAGAUAGAACGAGAACGGCUUGAGAUGGUGGUCCACGAAGCUGCAGUGGCUUUAAGAGAAGCCUUGAUGGGUGAACCUGAGGAAGAAGACACAGAAGUACAGACUCUUGUCCAGCGGAAUCAGAUGAUGCAGAAGCUUUUGACCUUGCUUGACAGUGCUGCUGCCAUUGACAAAGGACUUGUGUCCACUGACUUCAUGUCCACAAGAGAACAAACUCAUGAUUUUAUGCAAACACCAGGCUUGGAUAGGCCAGGCCUGUUUAUGAAGGCCACAUCUCACUUCAAGACUGGAGACCUGGGGCUGGUCCCAAGGAAAACACCUGCACACAGCUCUGUUCCAUCCAACAUAAGACCAUGCAGUCUGCAAAGGAAACAGCAAAACCAAGAAAGGACAAAGCCCUCCAAUUCCCCAGCUAACACUGAAACACACCCACUGCAACCUGAAUCUGUCAUUGGAAGCCAAAGGUUUCAAACCAAUGGAAGCCUUUCUGAGUUUAUAGCUACUUAAUACUAACAGCUCUGUGUAGGCUAGUUGAACUUGCCAGAAAAAAUAUAGACGCACAUUAUUAAAUAAACUCAGUUUUAUUCAUUAUAUAUUUAAAA